CGGGAGCGCCUCCUCCUCGCCGCCAGAGCUCGGUUCCCCGCCGCCGCUCCCGCGUCCGGGUGCGACCCGCCGCCACCGCCCGCCAGCAUGCCCGGUGUGGCCCGCCCGCCGCUGCCGCUGCUGCUCCGGCUGCUGCUGCUGCUGCUGCUCCCGCGCCCCGGCCGGCCGCUGGACUUGGCCGACUACACCUACGACCUGGGAGAGGAGGACGCCCCGGAGCCUCUCAACUACAAAGACCCCUGCAAGGCGGUUGCCUUUCUUGGGGACAUUGCCCUGGACGAGGAGGACUUGAGGGCCUUCCAGGUGCAGCGGGCUGCAGAUUUCAGGCCACGCAUGGCCCGUAGGUCGUCCAUCAAAACAGCAGGAAACUCUUCUGCCCCUGGCUGCCAGGGAGCUAGUGGGCAGCCUCAGAGGGAAUCCCAGGGGAGAUGGAGAGGCAGGCCCCGGAGCCGGCGGGCAGCAACCUCCAGACCAGAACGUGUGUGGCCUGAUGGGGUCAUCCCCUUUGUCAUCGGGGGAAACUUCACUGGCAGCCAGAGAGCGGUCUUCCGGCAGGCCAUGAGGCACUGGGAGAAGCACACCUGUGUCACCUUCUUGGAGCGCACCGACGAGGACAGCUAUAUUGUGUUCACCUAUCGACCCUGCGGGUGCUGCUCCUACGUGGGUCGCCGUGGUGGGGGCCCCCAGGCCAUCUCCAUCGGCAAGAACUGUGACAAGUUCGGCAUUGUGGUCCAYGAGCUAGGCCACGUCAUCGGCUUCUGGCACGAGCACACAAGGCCCGACCGGGACCGCCACGUCUCCAUUGUGCGAGAGAACAUCCAGCCAGGGCAGGAGUAUAACUUCCUGAAGAUGGAGAUCCAGGAAGUGGAGUCUCUGGGGGAGACGUAUGAUUUUGACAGUAUCAUGCACUACGCCCGGAAUACCUUCUCCAGGGGUAUCUUCCUGGACACCAUCGUUCCCAAGUACGAGGUGAAUGGGGUGAAGCCUCCCAUUGGCCAAAGGACCCGGCUYAGCAAGGGGGACAUCGCCCAGGCCCGCAAGCUCUACAAGUGCCCAGCCUGUGGAGAGACCCUACAAGACAGCACAGGCAACUUCUCUUCCCCUGAGUACCCCAACGGCUACUCGGCCCACAUGCACUGCGUCUGGCGCAUCUCCGUCACGCCCGGGGAGAAGAUCAUCCUGAACUUCACCUCCAUGGACCUGUACCGAAGCCGCCUGUGCUGGUAUGACUACGUGGAGGUCCGCGACGGCUUCUGGAGGAAGGCGCCCCUCCGAGGCCGGUUCUGUGGGGGCAAACUCCCGGAGCCCAUCGUCUCCACGGAUAGCCGCCUCUGGGUGGAGUUUCGCAGCAGCAGCAACUGGGUUGGAAAGGGCUUCUUUGCCGUCUAUGAAGCCAUCUGUGGGGGUGAUGUGAAAAAGGACAAUGGCCAUAUCCAGUCGCCCAAUUACCCAGACGACUACCGGCCCAGCAAAGUUUGCAUCUGGCGGAUCCAGGUGUCCGAGGGCUUCCAUGUGGGCCUCACAUUCCAGUCCUUUGAGAUUGAGCGCCACGACAGCUGUGCCUAUGACUACCUGGAGGUGCGCGACGGGCACAGCGAGAGCAGCACCCUCAUCGGGCGCUACUGUGGCUACGAGAAGCCCGACGACAUCAAGAGCACAUCCAGCCGCCUGUGGCUCAAGUUCGUCUCUGAUGGAUCCAUCAACAAGGCUGGCUUUGCAGUUAACUUUUUCAAAGAGGUGGACGAGUGCUCUCGGCCCAACCGCGGGGGCUGUGAGCAGCGGUGCCUGAACACCCUGGGCAGCUACAAGUGCAGCUGUGACCCUGGGUACGAGCUGGCCCCAGACAAGCGCCGCUGUGAGGCUGCCUGCGGUGGGUUCCUCACCAAGCAAAACGGCUCCAUCACCAGCCCAGGCUGGCCCAAGGAGUACCCUCCCAACAAAAACUGCAUCUGGCAGCUGGUAGCCCCUACCCAGUACCGAAUCUCCCUGCAGUUCGACUUCUUCGAGACUGAGGGCAAUGACGUGUGCAAAUACGACUUCGUGGAGGUGCGCAGUGGGCUCACGGCUGACUCCAAGCUACACGGCAAGUUCUGUGGCUCUGAGAAGCCCGAGGUCAUCACCUCCCAGUACAAUAACAUGCGCGUGGAGUUCAAGUCUGACAACACAGUGUCCAAAAAGGGCUUCAAGGCUCACUUCUUCUCAGACAAGGACGAGUGCUCCAAGGACAAUGGCGGCUGCCAGCAAGACUGUGUCAACACAUUCGGCAGCUACGAGUGCCAGUGUCGCAGUGGCUUCGUUCUCCAUGACAACAAGCACGACUGCAAGGAAGCUGGCUGUGACCACAAGGUGACAUCCACCAGUGGCACCAUCACCAGUCCCAACUGGCCGGAAAAAUAUCCCAGCAAGAAGGAGUGCACCUGGGCCAUCUCCAGCACCCCGGGGCACCGGGUCAAGCUGACCUUCUUGGAGAUGGACAUCGAGUCUCAGCCUGAGUGCGCCUAUGACCACCUGGAGGUGUUUGAUGGACGUGAUGCCAAAGCCCCUGUCCUUGGCCGUUUUUGUGGCAGCAAGAAGCCUGAGCCCGUCCUGGCCACGGGCAGCCGGAUGUUCCUSCGCUUCUACUCGGACAACUCAGUCCAGAGGAAAGGCUUCCAGGCGUCYCACUCCACAGAGUGUGGGGGCCAAGUUCGGGCAGACGUGAAGACCAAGGACCUUUACUCCCAUGCCCAGUUUGGUGACAACAACUACCCCAGCGGGGUGGACUGUGAAUGGGUCAUCGUGGCCGAGGAGGGCUAUGGUGUGGAGCUCGUGUUCCGGACCUUCGAAGUGGAGGAAGAGACCGAUUGUGGCUAUGACUACAUGGAGCUCUUUGAUGGCUAUGACAGCACAGCCCCCAGACUGGGGCGCUACUGUGGCUCCGGGCCUCCGGAGGAGGUGUAUUCAGCCGGAGAUUCUGUCCUGGUGAAAUUCCACUCCGAUGACACCAUCACCAAGAAAGGCUUCCACCUGCGGUACACCAGCACCAAGUUCCAGGACACACUCCACAGCAGGAAGUGACCACCGCCCUUGCCCGGGGCGGGGACGGCAGWCCUGCUUCCCUUGGUCACCUGGACUGGACAGUGGGGGUGGUGGGCAAAAGUGACACCUCAUGCCUCACCCUCAGGCCCCAGGACCUGCAGAGCCCACAGGCCAGGAGAGGCUGCCCUCCGGAGGUGGGGGACUUGGACUGCUUUGUAAGCCGCUUCCCCACCACGUGCCCCGCCAGAGUGAGGGGCCAGGGCCAGGGAGCCAGCGCUUCCACCGAGACACUUGAAGUAACCAUUUCUCUCUGGGGCCCCCACCUGGUGGCAAGAGGGCCUGUCAGCAGAACACUGCCACCUUCCUGCCAUCUCCACGUGCUGUAUUGUGUAUAGCCAGUGUACCUUUCCCACCCCUCUUCAGCCUUGAUUUGGUUUUAUUUUGACCCCCACUUCCUCGGUUCCUGGGGCAUGAGUGUCUGUGCAUGUCCCYUAGGAGCCACAGUGGGGCGGUGGCCAGGAGAGUGGAGAAACAAGGCAGGGCUUCUCAGGCCCGCUGGCUGGUCGGCCACACCGGCCCCCCAGCCAAUAAACUGAA